AGAAAACACCUGAAAUAAAUCAUCAAACUUCAUAUUUACUCAUUUCAAAGUAAACAAAUCUUGAUUUUAUAAUUAAAGAAAACCUAACAAAAUAAUGGAAAACAGUUUUCAAGUUGAAGAAAAUUCAUCAUCACAAGAAGCCUAUCAAGAUGACCAACAACUUUCACCAGAAUUCCUCCAGAGAAAAUUAUAUUUCCUCGUUGAUCAACUUAAACAAAUGCACUCAAAUCUGCCAGAACAGUUCCAAAUAAGAAUAUCCUAUGAACUUCUCACAGAACUAGCCAAUUCUCUGCUAAAUGACACAAUAUUCGAAAUAGUCAAGGGUUUGAUGGAUAUCCAGCAUGUGACGGAGAAACAUUUGGAGAAUCUUCGCAAUCAAGUUGAGAAUGAAUAUCAAAUUGAAGUUCAGGACUGGGCAUCGAAGAUAUCCGAUCCAGAGGAGCUGGAACACAUUUUAGGACUAAUGAAGAUAAAACAUACGAAGAAGCUGAAAGAGACAGACAUGAAGUUGAUUGCACAUUUAGAUCAGAAAGUGAAGGACCAACAAUCACUUCUCGAAAAAGCCGGGGUGGCUGGCUUUUAUGUCACAGAAAAUCCAAGAGAGAUCAAAAUUCAAAUGUUUCUACUGGAUUUUAUUUUACGACUUAGUCAAGUGAAAUUCGAGCCAAAUAAAUAGGAUCUACAGAAACUUGACGACUGAGCGACUGAGAGAAUAGACUUAAGAAUUUUAUUGGGACGAAAAUUGUUAAAUAUCUAAGGAGUGUUAGGGAAUUAUUUUAAGAAAGAGAAAUAUAGUGUUCAUUGUAUAUUGACAAAUGGCAACUUAAAACCAAGAACAAAACUGUCUUGAGUUCUUUU